AAGUUUAAAAUAAGUUGUUCUUAUACCAAAUAUUACAUUCAUAGGUUUAACAAUAACCGAGUAAUUAGGAAAUUACUUUAAAAAAGAACUUUAAAUUCGUUUUUCUCAAAACUGUUUUGUUACUUUAUAUAGUUUGCUGCUGGGGUACAGAUAUGUAUAAAAAAAAUACAAGUAAAUAAAACAUUUUUGUUAAUAAUGAACUUGGUCACUUUCUCUUGUAUACCAACGAUGUAUUUAUACGAACUUUCUUACUUAUUUUUAUUCGCAGAAUAUGCAGCAGAAGGUUCCCGAAUACAAUUCUGACCACCCUGUAUAAUCAGACAGAUAUUUUUAAUUGCUCAUCAAUUUCUCUGUAAACUUAUAUCACAGGAUAUCCUUUCAAAAAUAAUUGUUAUACUGAUAAAAUAAUCUAAAUCGCACUAGAAAAUUCUUGGAUAGACUAAUGUUAGCUAAAGUGUGUAUGAUAUUUUUGAAGUGAUAGUUCUUUACGCGCGCUGGGAUUAAAAAUUAAAGGCCUUGACACACGAGCUAGCAAGAUAACAGGCGAGACGAAAAGUGGUAACGAUCGAAAAAGUGAGGAAGCCAAUGAGGAAGUUGAGAUGGGUCUUUGGAGCAUCGUAACUCGGGCCCUAUUUCUCCCAAAUUAAGCGUAAACAUGACUUGAAAAUGCUUCGAUAUUCGGAAAUACCGAGAGAUAUUUCAGGAGACAGCAUCUCCACACUCAAAAUACCCGAGAAUUCCGAAGAUAUUAUUUUGACAACGAAAUACUCUGACUUCAAUACAUCGAAAACGUUAGACUCUUUCCCGGAAUGUAGUACAAAAUCCUUCGAUAUUAGACGUAGGAAAAUAUCAACGCCUGGUAUAGCAAGUGGACCUGGACCCCCCGGAAUUUACUUCAAUUAUGGAAUAAAACCAAAUUUUAGAUCUUCCGACAUUUCCUCUGUACCUGCCGAAAUCAAAACUCAGAGCCUGCCGAACAGGAACUGUCAUGGCGCAACAGCCUGUAGACAGAACUACAGCUGCGCCAUAUUCGACAUUCUGCGCAUACCGGCAGAAGAAUUCGCUGCGCAGCUCACCAUCUUGGACUGGCCGGUGUUCGCCAGCAUACAACCGGAAGAACUGUCGAGCUGCGCCUGGAACAAGAAGAACAAACUGAGCGUAGCACCAAACGUUGUGGCAUUCUCACGCAGAUUCAAUCACGUAAGCUUUUGGACAGUCCAAGAAAUUCUUUCGGGCGCCACUGUCAAACACCGAGCAGAAACACUAGCGUAUUUCAUAAAAAUAGCUAAAAAACUGUAUGAACUCAACAACUUACACUCGCUGUUUGCUAUAGUUUCAGCCUUGCAAAGUGCCUCGAUUUAUAGGUUGUCUAAAACGUGGGGAAGUUUGCCUAAAAAAGAUAAGCAAUCUUUUGAUAAAUUAGCUGAAGUGUUCUCGGACUCGAAUAAUUGGGAAAACUUAAGGAAACACAUUGAAAGUCUUAAAUUGCCCUGUAUACCGUACUUAGGUCUAUAUUUGACUGAUUUAAUUUACAUUGACAUGGCCCAUCCUCAUUCUGGAGGGCUUGAAUCUCACCAAAGAACGCUGAAAAUGAACAACAUACUAAGAAUUAUUUCAAACUAUCAACACUCGAAUUAUUCUCAUCUAGUUAAGAUUCCGCAUAUUUUGGAUUAUUUAAAUUCUAUCAGGUACAUAGAGGAGUUACAGAAAUUCGUUGAGGACGACCAAUACAAAUUGUCGUUAAAAAUAGAACCACAAUCACCAAUUCCUAGUUCUUCAAACAACAGCUCCAAAGAAUCUGUUUUGGCUGAUCCUCUGGCUAUUGCUUCCUUAAAUUUGUCGCCCGCCAAGGCAUCUUCUGGAUCCCUUCGUUUACAGGCUGUAACGUCUGGAAGCAAGUUCAUACCUGGACACAGAAAAUGCAGAAGUUUAGGCACUAACAUUUUUUCCAAAACUCAAAGCACCGCUUUCGAUCUCAAAGAAAAACCGAAAACACUCAAUUUACUGGACGAUUCCGAAGUGGAAGACGCACACAGAACAUCACAAUUAUCACACAAUGUACCAUCACCGACCGGUGAUCUACCCGCGCUGGACGCAUCACAAAGCACAGAGGAAAACUGUACACUUUUAUCCAGAUUACCGGAAGAUAAUACAAGUUCAGGAGAUAAUAAUUGUAUUAUGCAGGGCUGUGUAAGAAGAAAAACUGUCUUAAAAGAUGGUAAAAAACCGACUGUUUCUUCUUGGCAAAGAUAUUGGUUACAAAUUUGGCAAAGUUCUCUUCUGUACUUCUCACCAAAGUCAUUCAAAGGACACCAAAGAUCAGAUUUCAAAAGGGAGCCUUGCAAAAUGGUGUCUUUAACCAGUUGUCAGGUUUUUUAUUGCGACGCUACAUUGCACCAAGAUUCUUUUCAGUUGGUUGACCAUAUUAAAGGUAAUGUGUAUAAAUUUCGUGUCGGUAACAGAAGUUUAGCAGAAAAAUGGUGCAAGUCCCUUCAAAAAGCUUCAAACGGGGAGCCUGUUCCCUUGCCCAGCAAUCUUAUGUCUUUUGAGUGAUAUUUAAUUAAUUUUAGCUCUUAAGUUUCAGGUUUUGUAUAUUUUUUAUUGAACUUUUCACAUUUUCGUUUUUUUUUUGUACUGUUUGCUUUUUGAAAAUAAACCAGUUAUUAUUACAAGUGAA